AUGGACCAAUUCGCCCGGUACCAUAGCCCAGACUGUCCCAACUUCUUCUGCGUUGUCCGAACACCGGAACAAACUGAAUUCGACAGUUAUGGCACCGAACUACCAAUCAGUGACUUUUCCACUGGCUUUAAAGACGCGACAGACACCGAGCUUCGCCUCUGGGCCCGAAACAAGAUCUCAGAGCUCAGGGAACACGGAAGCGAAGACAUGCUGCAAUCCUACUGGAUUGUUGUAAUGGAUGAACAGUCUGGACAUGACUCAACAAUUGUUUUGCAUUACAACGAAGAGCUCUCCCUCUGGGCCCAGAGUCUGGAAGAUGCCGGGCUGCCAUUCAAUAUCCCACAUGAUGCAGAUGUAUCAGAGGGUGACAUCUGGUGGAGAUGGCGCUUGCCUAUAUCAGGAGCUCAUCACCUGUUCAACGGUGUGGACGAUGGUGACUUCGUGAUGAUUGAACUGUUUUCACGCCCGGAGUACGUGGGCCCGAACGGGGUGGUGAAUGUCGACAUUCCCGUCAAGAUUAUUCGCGGGGAGAUUCCAGAUCCCAUUACUCAGCAGAAGAGUUGA